ACACAAUCUAAGCAAACUCUCUCUCACUUGCGAGCAUCCUCUUUGCUAGACAAUCAGCCUCUGUGUUCCUCUCCCUUGCUUAGAUGGUAUCCAUGGCUGCCUACCAACAAUUUCCAUUUAUGGAGUGUUACGUCACCAACGUCGUUCAUGAUCCUGCAGAAGUAGGGGUGAAUAUUGACCUGACCGAUCCAGCUUACGCUGUCACGGGAGUGGUGGUACAAAGAUAUGUGCAUCGUCGUAACGUCGGACCCGACAUUUUACUCUACCAGGAAAUAAACAACGAUGUGAAUGUUUAUGACCAAAGUGUCUCCCUAUUAGGUGACGGAGCUCUGUUUAGCUCCGAAAAUCUUCGCCAAUGGGUCGCUUUCGUACCGCCGCCGGAACGAGUCGUACCCGAUGCAUUCAACAAUGUGGCUUGGACUUGGGAAGACGACUUUGCCGGCAGUCUCGCCAAUCAAGUCAAUGACGAGCUCUUCGAUGGUGCGAACCCUUUCUUGGUCGAAGCUACAGAAUUUUUUGGCUUCGAAUGCGUUCUGAAUGCGGCCAAUAAUUGGCAGUAUGGAGAUUGGCGUACAAAUGCUCCCCCGUUUGUCGUCCCAGCAAUUUGCGCAAUUUGUCAAGAGGAUAUCACUGAAAACACUCCGGUUGAUAAUCUUUACAUGUUGUGUUGCGGACAUAUGUUUCACUGGGCAUGUAUUCUUACAUGGGUCUGGGAACACCAUCGAUGUGCCAUAUGCGACCUCCAAAUCUGAGUUGUGUUUUUAGAACUUUCUCUAUUUCGGUUAAUUGUUUGAGAACUUUCUUUGUUUCCAGAACUUUUAAUGUAACAAGCUUCUUUUCCAACUUUCUCUUAAUAAUAUACCGUUGGGUUGUUU